AAAACUCCUUCAUUUUUACAGUUUUGGCGGAUGGACUGGUAGCGUUUUCCAGGAAUCAUGGCUGUGCAUGGGCAGGCAGUAUCAGACGUGUUGUUUGCUCAUCUGAAAGAAUUUCAACUGUUUGCGAACAUUGGAGAAAUUCUCUUAGGCUUGAGGAAGAAGAAUGUUAUAGAGGACGAUGAAUACUUAGAGGUCAUCGAUGAGAGCAAGAAGAAGCAAGCCCGUUUCCUCAUAGAAAAGAUACCUAGGGGAGGGGAUAACGCCUUCAAGGCGUUAUUGGAGUCUAUUUUUGAGAAAGACAAGCCUUUUGCAGAGAAAUUAUUGAAGUCCCUUGAGCAGCAUGAAAGUACUUCCGCCAGUUCUUUCGCCAGAAAACUUCGAAAGGAUUUGAAGUGGGCAACUGCAGAAGAUGAAGAAUCUGAAGAGGAGUUGCCUCCCAACGAAACAAGUUCAACUUCAAAAGCGCCAAAGAAGAGGCUUAAAAAGGAUGCUGCAUCGGAGGGAGCAUCUAAUUCCAGGGCGAAAGACGGACCACCUCCAAGAAAGAGGCGUGCAAAGAGGGAUGACACUUCUGUGAGCAAGCCAAAUGAUUCACGGAGCAGUGGGAAACGGUAAGAUAAUCUGUAGAAAAUGGCUAUACUAUUGUCAAGAGACUCCAUAG